CCUCUGGGCCAGGCCCCUUUCUCAUCCUUCUCCGCCUCUGAGGAGCCUUCUCGGGGGGCUUCCAUAACUGUCCCCAUUUCACAGAUGGGGAAGCUGCUCACCAUGACCUCACUGCACCUGUGCUCUUACUCACAAGGCUGCGUCUGGCCCGCCGAGCGUGGAGCCUCGCCCCUGCCCACCGAUUGUCUCCUGGCCUCACGCAGCCGGGCGGGGCAGGCGCGCGUACCCACCACCGAUGCAGCCCCAUCAGCCUGCCUUGUUCAGCGAUCCUGGGACCCUGGCUGCCUGACCUUGCUUCUCUGGGCUUAUGAGCUCGUCUCCAGGGUACCCCGGGGGUGAAUCCUGGUUCAGAGUGGGGCCCAGGUGUAGCAUCCAUAGCUGUUGGGGUGCCAUCAGCACCCUCCGUGCUGCCUGUGCCAAGGACCCAGCCAAACUCUUCAUGUGUGGUGUGUGUGCCUUCCCGGCAAGCCAGGUACUGGGACUGUUCACCUGCUUCAGGGAUGAGGAGACUGAGGCCUCUGGGGGUCCCCGCACUCUGAGGGGUUGGGACCUCACAUUCCCAGGUUUACUUUUGUGUGUGUGUGUGUGGGAGGGUGGUCUCAUCAACCCUUUGGGGAGAGGAGGCCCGGGGCUGAGCACCACGCUAGGUUCCCUUGGGCUUCACUUGCCACGGUGCCCUGCAGAUUCCCAGGCAGGAAAUCCAUGAAGUCCCAGGAGAUAUUGUGUGCACAGUCCCACCUGUGUACACACACACACACACACACUCCACCAGGGCUUCCCGGUUGAGCUCCUAGAACCAAGGGGCACGUGGGCUCUCAAGCCACCUAAAUUCACUGGCUCACCUCCUGCCCAAAUCCUCACCCCACAGCCUUUGGCGAGGCCUGUCAGCUGUACCCCACCAUUGUUUGGGAUUCUCACCUCUUCACUUCCACUGAGAUCACCCGGCCCAGGCUCCUCCUCAUACCCUGGGGUCCCCACCACUCAGCCUCCUCCCUGGUCUCCUGCCCCUCGCAUUCAUUCUUCAUCCAGCAGCCAGACUUUCUUUUCUUUUCUUUUUUUUUUUUGGCUGCAUUGCAUGGACCAGGGAUUGAACCUGUGCCCCCUGCAGUGGAAACAUGGAGUCUUAACCACUGGACCACCAGGGAAGUCCCCAGCAGCCAGAACUUCCUGAAGCACAAACCUGACCCUGUCCAUUCUCUGCUCAGAACCUACCAUGGCUCCCCAGUACCCUUGGGAGAAGAGCCCAGGCUGCUAACUGGUUGUAGCCCUGUGACUCCUCCAGGAAGCCCUUCCUGACCACCUCCUCUGGGACACCCUCCGCCCCCGCCAGCUCCCCGGGUUCCCACAUCCCAGCCCUGCCUGCUGUGGGUCAUCACUACCUGGGGACAGGUCUUUCUGCGCUGGACUGAGCCCUGUGAGGACAGAGCCAGAGCUGUCUUGGUCACUGCUGUGUCCGCAUCACAAGAGGAGUUGCUCUGGGAAGUCUGCGGAGUGCAUGGUUGCACAGUCCUGACUUUCACAGACACAGGCACGCAGCCAGAAGUGUGGACUUUGAUGAGGCCUGCAUUAGGACACCAGAGGAGAGACUAACAUACAAUCAGUCAACAAAUGCCCCCUGAGCCUCUCCCCUGGACAUUGCUCUGAGCUGGGGGAUUCUGUGUACUGAGCAGGGAUCAAGACAGCCCCAGGCCUGCCCUCAUGGGGCUCAGAGCCUGCAGAAAUCCUGAACACUGAGGAUUUCUGACGUAUCCUUUCAGCUAUUCACCCAACAAACAGUUGUAAGGACUGACAUUUCAAGGAGCAGAGGGGAAUCAGGUGGGCUCCUGGCCCUACACAUAGGAGCCACUUUUCAACACUUCGUAUCAUGAGCCAAGCUCUAGUUUAAGUGCUGCAUGUGGUUCACUUCCUUAAAUUUGAUAUUACCCAUCUCCACCAGUUCCCCAGCAGUCACUCCCCUCCAGCCUCCUUGCUGUUCCCUGAACAUGCCAUGCAUGUUCCCACCUGAGGGCCUUUGCCCUUGCUGUUCCCUGUGCCUUGAACACGUCCCCAGAUAUCCACAUGGAUCCUUCACCAUUCCAGCUGUCUGCUCAGAUGUCACCUUAGACCCUCCCCGAACUUCCUAACCCAAAUAUUACCCUCCAAACUCUAUCCAUGUAUCCUUCUUUGAUCUUCUGUAAUACUGCCAUCACUGUCAGACAUAUAUCUGCUUAUCUCUUUUCCAUCUCUCUCCCCCACUUGGAUUUCAGUUCCAUGAUGGCAGGGGCUUUUGUCCAUUGUGUUGCUUGCUGUGUCCCCAGCUUUUGGAACAGUGCCUGGUACUGUUACCCUGUGUGCAAUAACUCUGUAAGUCAGAUGUUCACAAGAGCAGGUGAGAAAACUGAAACCCAGAGAAAUUAAGUAAUUUGUCCAAAGUCUCACAAAGUAAUGUGACAUAAAGUGCUAGAACAGUGCCUAGUACAUGGAAGAGCUCUAUAGAAGUGUCAACUGUCAGUAUUUAAUCCUCACGACCAUCCUAUUAUUAGACCCAUUUUACAGAUGAGCAAACUGAGGCUCAGAGAUGAAGACAGUUGCCUGAGGUCUCCUAGUAAGUGGGAGACCUAGGAUUUGAGCCUAGGCAGCCUGAUUCUGGACCCCCAAAUCAUAGCCUCUCUGGCAAAGCCGUUGUCACAUGCAGACUACAACCUGUAGGCCAAAAUCAGCAUUUUCCAGUUUUUCUGGGGUUUUUUUGUUUUUUUUUUGGCAGCGCUGCACCACAUGCCCUUUGCAGAAAAAGUCUGCUCCAUAUUCUGCUUUGUACCAGUAGUUCUCCAACUUGAGCUUACACUGCAUCACCUGAAGGACUGAAGGUCACACCUUGAGAACUGCUGUAGACUGUCCUGCCUCCCAUGAGCAGAUGCCAGGGCUGGCUUGGUGAGUGCUGUGCCCUAGUACCCAGUGCAGGCUCUGAGCAGGUGCUCAAUAAGUGUAUGUCGACUGAAUCAGUGAGUCCACGUCGGCCAUGAAGAGAAGAUGUGGAACACUCAAAAUUUUCACACGGAGACAUAGGACAUCAUACCCUGGCUCUGUGGUCUGAGGGUGCCUGGCAUCCAAGUGGGGACCUCAUGUCAGCCAGUCAUUCUUAGGAAUAGGCUUAGAAAUGUGAUUUAACCAAAAGGCCCUUUGAGCUUUGGUCUCCUCUUCUCUGCAGUAAUCCCAAUGCUAUCACCUUCCUAUCACCACCUGAUGCUGGUGCAAGGUGUGAGGCAUCUGUGAGGCCCCCAGGUAAGCCCAGGGGUCAGGCACUCAGCUCAAUAAGUACCCUGGGGGGCUAUGCUGUUACCAUUCCCAGACUGAGUUACUGAACCUUUGAGCUGAAAGUGCUACGGGCUAUUAAGAAGCUUGAAGGAGCUGUGGGGAGGAAUAAAACAUCCAUCCAUUCAUUUGAUAACCAUUUGUUGGGCACCUACAGUUUUCCAAGUGCUGUUCUGGAUGCGCUGGGGAUACAGCAAAGAACAAAACAGACAAAUCAUAGAGCUGACAUCCUAGCUUUAAACAUUUAAGUAUCUUCAAUGAUGUACUCAGUUAAAGGAACUGAGGUGUAGAGAGACCAUGCAGGUUUCGAAAAGAUUAUCAUCAGUGGCAUAGUGGAGUCCUGGUAACCUCCUGAUCCCGAAGCUUCCCUUCCAGCCAGAAAAUAACAGGUCAAGUCCGGUUGGCAGACCUGGGAGGCAGCCCUCAGUUUCCUUACUUGCUCCAUGGGUAGCUUGUGAGUGGCCUCAAGCAGGACUCAGUUGUCUCGAAGAGAGCUAUGGGCAUCGUCGCCAGCCCCCUCCCGUGCGCCCAGCCUCCUCUUCCCGGCCGGCCCCGCCCCCGAGGCCACGUGACGCGUGGGGGUUUUCCCGUUCCCCUUGCGUGACGUAACGACGGGGUGCCGGCCAAUGAGCUCGCAGGCCGGCGGCGCCGGGGAAUUCCGCCGCCCCGCCCCCGCCCGCCGCCCUCCCGGCCCGGCCCGGCGCCCCCCGCAGCCCCGGGCGCCGCACGUCUAGCCCGGCUUGCGGCCCCAGCCCCUGCGCCGCUCUCCCGACCCGCGAUCGUCCGCCGGGCCGUGCCACCUGGCCACUUGGCCUGCCCGCGUGUGGUGUUUUGGUCUGGGCUGGCCUCCGGGACGUCAGUCCCCACUGGUUGGGCCAUGCCGAGUCGCCGCGUCGCCAGAUCGUCCGCUGCGCCGGAGCUGGGGGCCUUGGGGUCCGCUGACCUCUCCUCGCUCUCGCUCGCCGUUUCCAGGACCACGGAUGAAUUGGGUGAGUAUCACAGGGCAGUUUUUUGGGGGGAGGCUGAGGAGUCCAAGUGCUCACAGAGGGGGAUCUUGGCCUUCCUUGUUGGGGAGGAGGUCACAGUGUGACUUCUGGGACUGCUGGGGGAUUUUAACAAAGUCAUGUGCUCCCAGGUUACUUAGCAGCGUUUGACAGUGAAGAUUCAGCAUACGCCAGCUGUCUUUAGUAUUAGUUACUGUUACUAGAACUAUUGUUCAUUUUUUCAGUGAGUUGUAUUGAGCACCUGCUGUGUGCCAGGCACUGUUCUAGGUACCAGGGAUUCAGCCACAAACCGAAGUCCCUGCCCUCUUGGAGCUGAUACUCUAGUAGCAGAGACAGUAGGAAAAGGAAUAAAGAACAAAAUAAUGUUAGAUUAGGCUAAGGGUUAUGAAGGAAAGAAACAGGAAGAGGCCUGGGGAAAACACAUAAGAUCGGGCCUUUCUGAAGAGGUGAGCUGAGACCGGAAGGGUGAGAAGGAGCCGCAUGGGUUGAAUGAGAGGAAGCAGGGAACAGGCAGGUGGAGGAGCCAGUGCUAUACCCUGAAGAGGGCAGGGCUUGGUGGAUGCAAGCAACAGAAGAGACUGGAGCCUGAUGAGAGGGGGCAGCAGGAGGUGAGAAGCCCAGGACAGCGAGGGCCCAUCCACACAAGGCUCUGUGGCCAAGGUUAAGGGUGUGGGUCUUGCCUUUGUCUUGUUUUCCUGAGAUGAAUGGAGUUUGGGGAGAGUUUUAUAUGGGGAAGGUGUUGACUUUGACUCUUAGGGAGAUGGGAGCCACUGGAGGCUUCUGCAUGGACGGGGACAGGGUCUGACAUCGGAUCCCUCUGGCUGUGUGUGGCAGAUAGACUGGAAGAAGCGAGGUGGGGAAGAGGAGCAGUGGUUCAGAUGGAAAAUGAUGGAGGGUGGCCCAAGGAGGAGGCAGUGAGGGUGGGGAGAAGCGGUGGGGAUGUGAAUAUAUAUUUGAAGCAGAGGCAGGAGAAGUUCAUGGAUUGGACCUAGUGGAUGUGGGAUUGUGAGCAGCUGUCAGAGAUGGGCAUAGCUUGAGCACCCUGGAUGGUGGUGCUGCUUUCUGAGAUGGGAGCCGCUUGGGCAGAGCACCUGUUGUUCUUGUUAUUAAAUGGGGCAAGAUGGAGGCAGGGGUACCUGGGACUUGGUUCUACCUUGAUCCAGGUGAGAGGUGAUGAGGCAUGGAUUCAGGAGCUGUUUCAGAGGCAAGUGGACAUGAGGGUGCAGGAGAAGGAGAAGCCAGACGGACCCCCGGGGUUUCGGGCUUCAAGAACUGGGGGACGCGCUGGGGGUCUGUUUGCAAGAAGGAGGGCAGGGGCUUUUUUGUGUUUGGAGCUGGAGCCCCUGCCCUCCACUCACAAGAAAUACGUCUUGGAGAAAUGAACGGACGGGAAAAGGCGAGGGCGGCACAAGUCUGGAGGUGAAAAAAAAGCCUUUUCUUUAACCAUCAGCGUCAUCCCCAGGUUUUGCUUCUCCCGCAGAGAUCAUCGACGAGUACAUCAAGGAGAAUGGCUUCGGCCUGGAGGGGGCGCAGCCGGGCCCGGGCGAGGGGAUGCCGCGCCUGGUAUCUCGCGGGGCGGCCUCCCUGAGCACCGUCACCCUGGGCCCCGCGGCGCCGCCGGCCACACCGCCGCCCUGGGGCUGCCCCCUGGGCCGGCUGGUGCCCCCGGCUCCGGGCCCCGGACCGCGGCCGCAUCUGGUCAUCACCGAGCAGCCCAAGCAGCGCGGCAUGCGCUUCCGCUACGAGUGCGAGGGUCGCUCGGCCGGCAGCAUCCUCGGGGAGAGCAGCACCGAAGCCAGCAAGACGCUGCCCGCCAUCGAGCUCCGGGAUUGUGGAGGGCUGCGGGAGGUGGAGGUGACCGCGUGCCUGGUGUGGAAGGAUUGGCCUCACCGAGUUCACCCCCACAGCCUCGUGGGGAAAGACUGUACAGACGGCGUCUGCAGGGUGCGGCUCCGGCCUCACGUCAGCCCCCGGCACAGCUUUAACAACCUGGGCAUCCAGUGUGUGAGGAAGAAGGAGAUCGAGGCCGCCAUUGAGCGGAAGAUUCAGCUGGGCAUCGACCCCUACAACGCUGGGUCCCUGAAGAACCAUCAGGAGGUGGACAUGAAUGUUGUGAGGAUUUGCUUCCAGGCCUCAUAUAGGGACCAGCAAGGACAGAUGCGCCGGAUGGACCCUGUGCUCUCUGAGCCCGUCUAUGACAAGAAGUCCACAAACACGUCAGAGCUGCGGAUUUGCCGAAUCAACAAGGAGAGUGGGCCAUGCACGGGUGGCGAGGAGCUCUACCUGCUGUGCGACAAGGUGCAGAAAGAGGAUAUAUCGGUGGUGUUCAGCAGAGCCUCCUGGGAAGGCCGGGCUGACUUCUCCCAGGCUGAUGUGCACCGCCAGAUUGCUAUUGUGUUCAAGACACCACCCUACGAGGACCUGGAGAUCAUUGAACCUGUGACAGUGAACGUCUUCCUGCAGCGGCUUACUGAUGGGGUCUGCAGUGAGCCUCUGCCCUUCACCUACUUGCCUCGAGACCAUGACAGCUACGGUGUGGACAAGAAGCGGAAACGAGGGCUACCUGACGUCCUUGGGGAGCUGAAUAGCUCUGACCCCCACGGCAUUGAGAGCAAACGGCGGAGGAAAAAGCCGGCCUUCCUGGAUCACUUCCUGCCCAGCCACGGCUCAGGCCCGUUCCUCCCGCCAUCAGCGCUGCUGCCAGACACAGACUUCUUCCCGGGCACCGUAUCCCUCCCCGGCCUGGAGCCCCCCGGCGGACCGGACCUCCUGGACGACGGCUUUGCCUACGACCCCGCUGCCCCCACGCUUUUCACGAUGCUGGACAUGCUGCCCCCAGCGCCACCACUCACCGGCGCUAUCGCGGGCAACGCGGGUGCAGGGGCCGCGGUCGGGGAGCCCCCCGGCCCCGAGCCGCUGACGCUGGACUCGUACCAGGCCCCGGGCCCCGGGGACGGAGGCACUGCCAGCCUCGUGGGCAGCAACAUGUUCCCCAACCAGUACCGCGAGGCGGGCUUUGGGGGCGGCCUCCUGUCCCCGGGGCCCGAGGCCACGUAGCCCCCGCGGCGCUGGAGGAGAGGCGCUGGGUGGGGAGGGAGGGUGGAAGGGGCCUUGCGAACCCAACCAGGGUGUCCAGCACCCCUAUCCCCUUGGGCGGCCUUGGUCAGUCUUCCCGACGUCCUCAUCCUUCUGAAUCGGACAUACUCAGCGAAGGCGAGAAACUCCGUAGCAUCCGUUUCCCCCGAGCCCCCUUUCACAAAUGAGAAAACUGAGUCUGAGGAGGAAAAGGGGUUUGGCUCUGAAGCACUAGCUUGUGUAAGCCGCUGCCUCAGCCCCCACAAGCGGGGGCACCUUCUCCAGGCGGAUUCUGUUUUGUACGUAUGGGAGGAGGGUGCAGAUCGCCCGCCCUCCGUCCCCAGGCUUGAAGGUGGGGGGCGGGUUGUUUGUUUUGAGUCUUCCCAAUAAAGAUGAGUUUU